GUGCCUUGUUUGAGAUGAAGGGGAUUAUUUGUAGGCAUGUAUUUAAAAUUUUUCAAGCAAAAAACAUUAAUGUGCUGCCAGACAAGUAUUUCUUGGAUUGAUAGCAAAAAGACUCAAAGAGAAGAUAUACACUGGUCAAAAGUAGUUAUGAUAACCUGCGGAACAAUGCAGACGCACAGAGGCUUAACAACUAAUGACAGUUUAACCAAGUUGCGAAAGAACAUGAUCCCAGAAAAGGGUAAGAAAGUAGUAAGCCCCCAUGUCGUCAGGGGGAAAGGGAGACCCCCAACAAAGAGAAAGGUAGGAGCUGUGGAGAACGAUAUCACAAAGAGAAAGAAGAAACAUGUAACAUGCAGGAAAAUAUUCAAUGAUGAAGAACAAUUGCGUGCAGGCCCGGAAUCUGCAGGAGUUGCUAUUGUUGACAAUUUUGUUAUUGGAACCCAAUGUAGUUCUGUCACACCGCCAAUACCAUUGAGCAAUGAAGAGCGAUGUGCUGGUACUGAUCAUAUAUAACUGAAGACAUGAAUGCAAGCUUGAUGUGUCAUUACAUGGAAGAUGUGUGGCAGUACUGGUUUUGGAGUAUUUUUUUUUGUUGGGGAGUUUGUACCAAUGUUUUGGUUAUGCAGUUCUGGGAGAGUUGGUACCAUUAUUA